AUGAUCUCAAUCAAGGCAACAUCAGUAGUACAAUUUAAAGCUGUUUGUCACGAGCCAGUCGCAGUUUUAAUGCUGGAGUAUGUUUUAUUUUGACCUAAGCAUUGUCGGAGGAUAGGGAAAGGUCAGUUCACUGAAAGACUUUAACAGUUGCCUUGACACAGGGGAUUGUAAUGGGGUGGACACAAAUUUUAUGAACAGGAUCGCGUCGGAUAUUGGCAGUGGAUUUCUGUAUUUACAUGAAAGAGGAAUCGCGCACAGAGAUUUAAAAAUAGCGAACGUCCUCGUUAGCAAUCAGCAUUACUGCGAGGAAAAAAAUCGCGAUAAAAUUGCCUACGCAUGGAGCCAUCAACCAGUGAUCUGCAAGCUCACUGACUUUGGAGAAAGUAGGUCAAAAGUUGUGCAAUCACGAUUUGUUUGCCGAUCAAGGACUCUAAACAUCCACAGGGGUACAAUACCAUACAUGGCACCGGAAAUUCUUCUCGGAAGCGAGAUCUCACGUGCAGGAGCCACUGUUGAGGAUCUGUUGGUCGUGGACAUGUGGGCCUAA